GGCGUUGAAUCUACAAACUGAGCAACUGGGUACCGCAGCGACGGAGGCGUCAAUGCUAAGCUCCACUGCGACACAAAUAUCCCGAAGAGGAGGCAGAUAAUGAAGUAGACGAAGUAGACGAAGUAGACGAAGUAGACGAAAUUAACUAACAGUGGCGACGACGACGAAGACGAAGACGAAGAAAGGAGCAGGGAACAGUAAACGAGCAUUUGGUGGCGACAGGACAGAGAGAGAAAGAGGGAGAUGGCGAGUGAGAGAGUGAGGUGAAUAUGGAGGAUUAAAUUUGGUUGUUUGUGGAUGGGCUCGGAUUGUAGAGGCGAUGGCAGAGACGGGGGUGGGGCGUCAUUAAGUCUGUCACUAUUUAGGGAUCUGGAAGAUGGAGGGAUGGUGAGUUAUGAGUUCAUGAUCGCCGUCCUUGGAAUGGGACGAACCACUGAUCUUCUGCAAUGGAAGUGAGUGUGUACUCGGCUCGGUCCGCUGUCGCCAUCGCCAUCGCCAUCGCAAUAGAACACCUCCGCCAGCCUUCGUGACUCCAGAACCGACGCUCACGUUGACGUUGCAGGGCUGGGUAGCUAGGUGCGACCGCUCUUGGUAAUCUCUGCAGCGUUGGCGUUGUUAUCAGCUGCCCGCUUCUGUCCCUCUUCGCUGCCAUCUCCGCUCCGUAUACUCGUGUGACAGGCCCACCCCCCAGGGGCCAGACUGGUGGUGGGGGGUAUAGCUAGUUUCGUGGACCUGGACAGGAGUUCAAUGCGGCGUUGAGCCAGCGAGCCAUCAGCCUCCCCACCUGAACACGCUACCCCUCUGAGCGUCUGCAAAUUUGUACCACUUGCAUGGGAGUUUAUCCAACCAGUUUAUGGGAUCAAGCACUCGCAUUUUGUUUCUUCAGUGCGCACUGCUUUGUUGAUACGUAGUGGCUAGUCUAUCGUGCUUUUAGCCCAUGUAUUCCUCUAAUAUCCCGCCAUUCGAUGUUUGAUCCAGUGGGGCUUGCUUUUUCCUUUGCGCUUUUAUAUUUAUUUUUAUUGGCAGCCUCUUCUCUAAGGAAGCGUCAAGUUAGUGUGCUGCAUGGAACCUCUUCACCAUCCAAACAUCAAGUAAACGUCGGGCCAAUUUGUGAAAGUUGGGCCGAAUUGGAAUUGGCCAUAGCUCGAAAGGCAACGCUAUGAUGACAUUUGUGUGCUUCAACCCCUGUUAGUCGGGCCAAUCGUUCGGAAGAAUGCAGUUGAAAGUAAUGCUGGAUAUUCCACAGAAAGGUCAGAGAGUCUAGCUUGGUUUUAUUAUUAGGGCACCAGGAGGGGUUUGGACAUGGCGAUUGGAAAUGGUCAAGCGGAGUUUGAAAAUGGUACCCAGCCCGAGGGGAGCCCGGAUUUUCAAGACGACGUGAAGUGUGAUAGGAAUAAACCUGUAGUACACGGCCAUCCUGCGCUUCUUCGAUGGACACCUCCGAGAAAUCACAAUCUCUCCCCAACCCAGUUCGAAUCGCUAAAGUCAAUUGCCGAUACCUUUGUUCCUUCGCUGCCACCGCCCUUCAAAGCCGGCGAGGAAUUUGAGCUUAUGCCAGGCGUGACGGCUGAAGAUGUUGCCAGAUUUUACAAAUUAAAAGCCUCCGACGAAGAUAUAAUUAACGUGAUGGCAGCCAUUCUCGAAGUAUUGAUGAGGCCUCCUGUGCUGAAGUCCGUGCUUGCAGUGCUGCAGCUUUUGGGCACAGGGUGGGGUACAGCUCUUUUGGCUUGCGGGGGCGGAGUGAACACGGUGUCUCUUAAGUACCCUUUCUUUAGGAAAUUCGCUAAUCUAACCCCUGAAGAGCGAGAGAAGAUGCUGCAGGGCUGGUCGACAAGCCUACUCUCUCCGUUGCGACGAUUGUUCAAGUCCAUGAAAUCCAUCACAGGAUAUACUCUUUACUCUAAGAUUAAUGACGAGGGAGAGAAUGCGGCAUGGAAGGCGAUCGGGUACACUGGCAUGGAUCCCACGGUGCGGAGCAGGAGCAAGGAGGAGUAUUGGAAACCAAGGCCACUCGGAGACGGUCAUGUUGACGCCAAGGAGGCGGGAGUUCGUCUCAAGGCAAUCCUCGGGGCGAAGGGGUUCUCGGUUCUUGACGAAAUUAAGAGCUUCAGAGUACAAUCGAGGAAGUGGGGAUAUUCGGAGAGCUCGAGUGACAUCUACAUGGAAUGCGAUGUUGUGAUUGUGGGAUCAGGAUCUGGGGGCGGAGUCAUGGCGGCUGUUCUUGCAAAGCAGGGGUUCAAGGUUUUGGUGCUUGAGAAAGGCCAGUACUUUGCGGCGCAGGACAUUACUUCUCUAGAAGGACCGGGGAUGGUGAAUAUGUACGAGAAGAUGGGAGCUCAAUCGACCGAUGACGGAGGCGUGUCGCUCAUUGCUGGCAAGACAGUCGGUGGCGGCACGGCCGUCAACUGGUGCGUUUCGUUCAAAACGCCGGAGCAUGUGCGAAACGAGUGGGUGAACGAUCACGGCCUCGACCUAUUCACCAGCGCGCAAUACGAGCAGGCCAUGCAAGCAGUGUGGAAGCGUCUUGCAGUGCAACCGGAGGUUGACAAGCACAGCUUGCAAAAUACAGUGCUGCUAGAGGGAUGCAAGAAACUGGGCUAUGAGUGCGGCACAUUGCAGAGGAACUGCUCCCCUGGUCACUACUGCGGGUGGUGCAGCUAUGGGUGUCCAACGGGGAAGAAGCAGUCGACCGCCGAGACGUGGCUCGUUGACGCCGUGAAUACCGGCAACGCUGUGAUUCUGUCAAAUUGUCAUGCAAAGCAUGUGUUCCAUGAUGCAAAUCCUGGUGGCAAGAAGGCCAGGAAAGGUCACGGAGUCGUGGCGACGAUUGGUGAAGGAUCGACUCGGAUUUUUGUCAAGGCAAACGCCACUGUGAUCGCUUGCGGAGCGCUGCUGACUCCGCCUCUGCUUCUCCGAAGUGGCCUUAAGAAUCCCAACAUUGGCAAGUAUCUCCGAGUGCAUCCGGCAACCACAUGUUUUGGUUACUUCCCCGAAGAAGUUGAACCGAAAGGAAAAUCUUACGAAGGGGGGAUCAUGACAACGUACUCGCCUGUCACACUGCGCAAGCCGACGGAGUAUGGCGGUCUUCUCGAGACGGGAGUGUUCCAUCCUGCAGUCUUUGCAGCAUUCCACCCAUGGCAAUCAGGCGCUGAUGGCAAAGAGCGUCUACUGCACCAUGCCCGAACCUCCCACAUAACAGUCGUCACCCGAGACAAAGGCUUUGGCACGGCGAAAAUAGACAACGACGGACUCCCCAUGUACAGUUACAAAAUUUCGCCGUAUGACGAGCAGACGUUAAUAGCAGGAAUGAUCCAAAGCCUGCGCAUCCUGGUAGCAGCCGGAGCAGUGGAAAUCGGCACCCAACAGCUGGACGGCGAGCGGUUCAAAGUGAAAGGUGCGACGCCAGCGCAAAUCGAAGAGUAUUUGGAUAGGGUGAAGCGGCGGCGCGCGAGGCAAUCGUCGAUACAAAUUGCGUCGGCGCAUCAGCUGGGCAGUUGUCGCAUGGGCACAAGCCCACGAACGUCGGCGGUGGAUGCGAGGGGGGAGACAUGGGAGGCGGAAGGUGUGUUCGUCGCCGACGGCAGCGUACUACCGACAUCGUCCGGCGUCAAUCCUAUGGUCACUAUUCAGUCCAUCGCAUACUGCACCGCCGAUUCCGUCGCUCAUUUUCUUCACGGCGCUUCUUCCGCGAAGUAGCACCCCCACCCCCCGCGCUCGUGAUGGUUGAUACCCGGCCCCGCCACUACUCUUUUCAGUCCAGACUUGACGUUUUAAUAUCUACUUCAAUGAGCCUCACCGACCUGUGCGCCAACUUCUGUUCCACUUUUUUUUGUCUUUUGCUUUUACUUUCUCGUUUUACUUUAUCUUUUUACUUUCGCUGCGACGUCCCUUGCUCUUUUUUUUUUUUUUUUUUUUUUUUUUUUUUCUUCCUUCUACUUUUUAAUAUGCUUUUCUGAGCCUCUUUGACCUGCACACAACCUUCUGUUUAUUGCAUGCAUCGUGCAAUCAAAAAGGAUUUUUCCCAGGUUUGUCUGUAAAGUAAUUUAAUACCUUGGUUUCUACUGUUGAAGCACAGUUUUGACAA